AUGUUCCUAUUUUACACAGGAUUGAAGAAUGUUGCUGAUUUUGAUUGGUUUUUUUUUUCAUUAUUUCAAGAUAAUGUUGAGAAAGUUUGUGAUAUCUCUAUGAAAGAUCAUCUCUUGAUAAUACUGGUUAAGUUAAGGCUUGGAUUACUUAACAAGGACCUAGCACACAGAUUUGGCAUUUCUUUUCAAAAAGUUUCCAAGAUAUAUAGAUCAUGGUUGCCAAUCAUUGCUGAAAAUGUACAGUUCUUAAUUGUUUGGCCUCAGAGGCACAUAGUACGAAGUAAUUUACCAGCAGCUUUUCAUAAAAAGUUCCUGAACUGUGUUGUCAUAAUUGAUUGCACAGAAAUUUUUAUUGAAAGACCAUUUGGUUUAAAUGCACGUGCUCAAACAUGGUCGAACUUUAAACAUACAAACACAAUAAAAUACCUUAUUGGUAUAACACCGUCAGGUUCUGUCAGUUUUUUGUCACGUGGUUGGGGUGGACGUGUGUCCGACAAAGAUAUAACAAAUAAAAGUGGAUUUUUAAAUAAAUUUAUGCAUGGGGAUUGUGUUAUGGCUGAUCGUGGUUUCACUAUAGAAGAAGAACUUUGCAUAUCACUUUGUAUAUUGGUAACUUCGGUUAAAUUGUCGUACAUUUUUUGA